AUGGCUGACCUUGAUAUUAAAUUUCUGUUACAGCAGAAGAAGGCUGAAAAACUUAAGGCUUUGGAAGCAGCUAGACCUAUGGUACCGCCGGCUUGGGACGCAAAAUAUAUCACAACCAAGGAAGGACAUGAUGGCGAGUUUGAAUCAAACAUCAGUUUUGAUUCAGACAAUGAGACUUCCGCCAACACAGCCUUGCUUCAAAAGCCAUUUGGACUUGAUCAUGAACCCCAAAGUCGAACAUCGACCAAUCCAAAACCUCUAAUGAAGGACGAGCUUUCGCAAUCAUCUACUAUACUCAUAUCAAUCGAAGCCGACAAGCGACGAUUCUUUCGCCCCCUAGCAGACGCCAUCACAUCAUCUAGUGGCGACCAGCUUGGUAAGAUACUUUUCCGUUUAUGUGUCGAGUAUCCCGAUGCUAGGGCAGUGGUUGAAUCUUUGCUUGCGGAUACUCUCGAUGAAGGUAUCAUCGAAAAUUCACUUCCAUUACUUCGCAGAAGCUCAGACUCGGGAAUCGAGCAAUCCUCGCAAAAGAUUACACCCAUCAAGAAAGCCUUUGAAAAUCCGUCGUUACCAGUUGCAUUGAACAAUAGCAAUCAAAAAGAGGAACAAGGGCCACUUAAAGCAAAGUCUGCCAGAGAUGACCCAGAAUCACUACCAGCUGUACUUGUUGUGAAGUCUGCCAGAAAACUUCCAUCAGUCCCUCAAACCUCUAUCCCUCUACCAAAAUCGGCGGUCAGCGAAAAGCGCAAACGGGAUGAACCUGCAGAUGCUUUGAUUGUCGAUCAGCCACAGAAGAAAUCAAAACCAUAUUUUGUCAUUCCUAAGCAUUCAAAGAAGGAUAUUCCAUUGAGCGAAAAUAAGGAUACAAAUCCACGAUCCAAGUCGCUGGCUUCAAACUCUCCAAGCACCUCCGAACGCUCGAAACCCAAGCCUGUCGAAGCUUUGCAAUCUAUCUCUGAUUCGUGUAACAAAACGGAUGUUGGAAGAGAAUCGUCUGACAAAUGUACUUGUCCAGUUUGUCAUCAAGAAGUUGCUACGAAGAAAAAUCUGGAGCGACAUAUGAAAUGUGUACAUAAAACAGCAGGGGAGCCAUUCGGAUGUUCGCUUUGCACCAAAAAGUAUGCUCUUCGGGACUAUCUCUAUCGCCACCUCACCAGUUUUCAUACAAAUGGUUUGAAGUGUAAUGCUUGUGGACUUUCAUAUCCAGAUGAUAACAUUUUGAAUACACACAUGAGGUCUGUACACGGUGCACAGGCAGUCGAAGAUAAAAAGGUCAAGGAAUCUCCAACGGCACUAAAUUCUGCUAAGAAACAGGUCCGUUUCCAAGAAGAUUCGAUGAAAUCGCGAAAGUCCUAA